AUGACCCAGAAAUUGCCCGCGCCAGCCGUGGAAAGAGGGGGGAGCGGGGGGAGCGGGGGGAGCGGGGGAAGCGGCGGGGGGAGCGGAGGGAGCGGCGGGGGAAGCGCAGAGGAUGUCGCGGUCGUCCUUAUCACAGCAGCUGAAAAUGCGGCUGUCAGGAUCGACGAUGCUGACGUGGCAAGUCAGGCGAUUCGGGAGCCUCCUACUGCCGGAUCGGCUUCGCCUCCCGCGUCCAUGUCCAUCCGCGCCGUCAGCCGACGCGGCUCGCAGAGUAGUCCUCAGAACGUGACACGUGGCGGUCAAAGCGGUCAAACGGAGCAGCAACGGAGAAAACGGAGCAGCCGAACAGAAAGUUCAAAAAAAGUAGUUCCCAAGGUGCAGCUGGCGAGCCAAUCAGAGCGAAGAGGGCUCAUGACAGGGACACUAUCGACGGGAAAGCGUCCAGUGUUGCCACGUGGCGCAAUGCAAUUGGUCGUGGAUCCGUACAACCUGUGGGGCAGCCGAGUAGAUGCGCGGAAGGUUCCUCUGAAGCCGUUUGUGGUGCGGUACGGCGACACUCUGGCCGCCCUCGCUGCGUCAUCACCCCUUCCCGCGGACGUGUGCCCUGGUCUCCGCCACGCCAACCGCCUCUGCUUCUAUCUCCCAUCCCCUAUCCACUUCCCUUUCCCCCUCACUUUCCCCCACUUCACCACCCUCCACUUUCCCCCCCUCUCCCCCCCCUUCUCUCCAGGUGGCAUCACCCCCCCUCCGCCAGGCGCCAUCACCCCCCCUUCCCCUGACGUGCGCCCGAGCCUCCGCCGCACCAACCGCCUGCUCUUCUCGCGCCCGUGGGUCCGCCCACCAGCCCUCGGCCAACCACAGCGCGACACCAAUCUCUUCUUCCCAUAUGCUGGCAGCAAUCUCUUCUUCCCAUAUGCUGGCAGCAAUCUCUUCUUCCCAUAUGCUGGCAGCAAUCUCUUCUUCCCAUAUGCUGGCAGCAAUCUCUUCUUCCCAUAUGCUGGCAGCAAUCUCUUCUUCCCAUAUGCUGGCAGCAAUCUCUUCUUCCCAUAUGCUGGCAGCAAUCUCUUCUUCCCAUAUGCUGGCAGCAAUCUCUUCUUCCCAUAUGCUGGCAGCAAUCUCUUCUUCCCAUAUGCUGGCAGCAAUCUCUUCUUCCCAUAUGCUGGCAGCAAUCUCUUCUUCCCAUAUGCUGGCAGCAAUCUCUUCUUCCCAUAUGCUGGCAGCAAUCUCUUCUUCCCAUAUGCUGGCAGCAAUCUCUUCUUCCCAUAUGCUGGCAGCAAUCUCUUCUUCCCAUAUGCUGGCAGCAAUCUCUUCUUCCCAUAUGCUGGCAGCAAUCUCUUCUUCCCAUAUGCUGGCAGCAAUCUCUUCUUCCCAUAUGCUGGCACGGGUGCAUUACGACUCAUCUCUUCUCCCACCGCUCUCUCCUCUCCCCCCCAUCCUCGCAGCAGAGCAGGCGAACCACUUCUUACUCCUUCCUCUCUCUCCCCCCUCCUCUCGCCCCUACCCCCCCUCUCCCUCCCCUCGCUCCUCCUUUCUUAG